AUGAGCUUGUCGGUUUCGGUUCCGAAGGUUCUGUUGGAAUACGGCUCAACUUCAUCAGCAACCAAUCAACAACAACUCAACAAUACAGAUCAUGAAGAAGAGGAUGAAGAGGCCUUUUCGGAUAUUGAAGACGAAGAUGACAUUGGAGAAGACGAUGAUCUCUCGCUUUCGGAUGAUGAAAAUAGAGAAAAAACUCAAGAAAUGAUUGAAAAAGAAAACGAGGAACUGGACAAAAUUCUACAACUAUUCAAUAAUGAGAACAUAUUUGAAAAGAAUGACGCAUUCAUGUUGAGAAGCGAGAUGGAUAAAAAAUACAUCUCUAAAGAGGCUGAAGCUAAAGUGAGGAACAUGUAUGAAGAUUUAUACGUUGGACAUUUAAAUCGAAAAACCCUCCAUCAAAUUGAGCCUAUUGAACUUUUAUUCUUUUUGACAAACUAUAAGAAUUUAAAUUGGAAUGAAAUACUCAUCCGUGCGCAAGAAAAUAAGAGAUUGGAAGUGGUGAGAAAUGCAAUCCAAGCAAAACUGGAUGAGCAAAAACAACAGGAAGAGGAAGAAGAACAGAAUAGUGUGGAAGGAUUUAUUUUACGAAAGGUAAAAAAUUAUAGGGAUAAGGUUGUCACGUCUAUGGAUGCUAGAGUGGAAGAAACAAUUAAGCAUAUAUUAAGCGUAUUAUAUUUUCCUGUAAAAAAAGGAAACACUGUAAAACCUUUGAUUGAUUUUGGUCCCAAACGUCUCAAACCUCGACUGAGAAGCAUUGUAAAGUCUAUAUUUUAUUCUGAUUACAUGUAUAUUGAGGGGCAAGAGGAUCCAUUGCCUGGAGAAGAAGAAAGCGAUCCAAUGGAAGUUAACGGCUCAGACAUUGCUCAAAAAGAGCUUGAAAAUAUGUGUGCCGAGCUGUUAGCACUUAGGGCUGAAAAACGAGCCUUCACGGAGGAGGAAGAGCUAAUUAUUGACGUUACAAGAGAUAAAUAUUAUGAAAGUUUAAAUGAGAAUAGAAGACAAGCAUUUGAAAUACGCAACCUCAAAGAGCAGCUUGAAGGAAGAUUAAAUUUAAUUGCGAAAAUGAAUGAAGUUUAUGUAAAUGAAUUUCAAAAGCUGAAGAUGAGCAUAAUUGAAAAGUUGGAACAAAAGAAAAGUUUUAGUGACGACAUCAUGCUCUUAUCCACAAUGGGAGGCUCGUUAAUUGCUGACUUUUCGUCUUUACUCGAAGAGGAACGAAAGAAAGCACAAGAUCUCUUAAAAACAGUGAGAAUUACGUUUGGAAAGGAAAAGAAAAUUAUGGAAAACCAAAAACUAAAAGAAAUGCAACUUUGGAAGCAAAAAUUAGAAUCUUUAGUGCAAGAUAGAAACACCACCAUUGAAAUUAUGAAAAAAACAUAUGAAGAAGAGAAGCAAACGCUUAUUCAUGAGCUAUCCAACGAAAAAAAGAAAAAGACAAAGGAAGCCAAAAAGUCCACAAAAUCUCACGCCCUUAAGCGAGAGUUGUCUGCUACAACAGUAGCAACCAAGGAAAAACCGAAAAAAUACCUUGUACUCCACCACUCAAAAGGAGUGAGCAUAGAGCCAAGGCCACAAUUGACAACGGCAAAACCAUAUUACAGCCAUCACGGAAACAAGGAUCAGCACAGCAGUGACGACGAAGAUAAUUCAGAUGAAGAGAGAAAAGUUAAACCAAUUCCACAAAAGAAAUCUGAAAACAUCCCAAAGAAGCCUGUUAAAGACGUACAACCUUUUCAAAUUAAUAUCUUAGACCAGAAACGUGUGAAAUUCUUAAGAAGUGCUCAGAAAUCAACCAGAGACUCGUUUGAAUCAAACACUGAUGAAGAGGCGCUGUUAAAAGAUGAGUCUUUCAGUCAAAAGGAUAAGUCUCAAUAUCAAUACGUUAAAUUGGAAAACGAGUUGUCAGGUCACAAAAAACAAAAUAGGUUGCUAAAAGCUGCUCUGAAAGAUAGAACUGAAAAGCUUAAGGCGAUCAUUAUAAAGCUUAAGCAAGUUAGACAAAAACGAGAAGCUGCUCUUGAUGAGCUGGACAAGUUUAGAGAAAUGUUGAAAGAAGAAAUGGAUACCAAUACCAUGCUGAGAAUACAAAUUAAGAAUUUAACUGAGCAAAUCCGAAGAUAUUCCAAAGCCGAUAGACUUCACAGGAAAAAUACUUCUUCUCAAUUACUAGAAAAUGAAGUAACAAAUCCUGUAGCUGUUGAAAGCCCUUCAACACAAAAAGAAGACAAACAAAAGGUCAGUCGUAUCAAGGAACACUUUGGGCAUUUUAGAAAUCAACUCAAACACUGGCCCAACAAUGAAAAAGCUGAAUUGAAUCAAAUCAUCGACAUUGACGCAGUGGAACAAUUACAAACAGCUGUAGCAGAAGCAGGAGCAAUAGAUUCUACGUUUUCUAAAAAGCUCCACAAGUGGGACAGCUACGUACGAAGAACAGCCCUCAAAAAAUUUAAAAGCACACCAAAUAUUGACAUGAUUUCUGAGUUUGGAAUAGACGUAUCUCUGGAAAGACGACGAAAACAAUUUGUUUCUUGUGAAAGAAUGGUUCAAACAGAUAUCAGCUGUUUUUCAACAGAUACAAGCAAAGAAUCCUUUAUGGCUCCAAGCAUUGCCGUUCCACGAGAAUUAAACUCAGCGUUUGAUACAAUAGAAGAGCAAAAUGACUUGUUGGAUGAAUUGAUUGGCGAUAUAGAACAGUCUUGUGAGCUCACGGAUAUGGAAAAGACGAACUUCACAAGGAUAAAAGCUAAGAAAAAUGAACUUGUAAGAGAGAGGCAAGAGCGAUGGGGAAAGGUUGUUCACAUUGCUCAACAAUUAACAAACUUUAGUUUGGGUAAGGGCCAAGUUCCUCUCAGCAUCUCUACGAUUGAUCAGGUUGUAGGCUUAGAGAACGAAUUACGGAAUAAGGCAAACAUUUUUAGAAUACUCCCCUCAACCUUUGCAAGGUCGACGUCACCUAUGAGAGAAAAUACCCCAUCCACAUCUUCAUCUUCCAAAAACGAAUCAAUAGUUGCCAACAGAACUGAAUUUCCUUAUGGUAUCAACAGAAGGUCUGAAUCAGUAGGUACAUGUUUAGUGGAGCUUGAUGAUGACAAUUCGGAUGUACACCUCUCUGAAAUGAUCUCUGGAAUGAACAAUAGCAUCAUUCAAAACAAUUCUCUCACCAAAAAUCUUCCAAGACUCUACCCUCAAAACAACAAUCCCAACACCCGCUCUCCAAUCUCUUUUUAUGGCCGUCAAAGUGCUCCCUUAGUAAGAACAAAAAAGAAAAAGGAGCAACUUGCAUCAGAUGAUUACAGACAAUUCCUCAACGCUUACAAAUCCCCAACCAAAAAACCUUUUCUGUAA